GGUCUUGAAAACUUUACGAGGUCCGUGAGAUAAAACUACAUGACACUACACCAUGAGUGACAGUAAAUGUGAUAGUCAAUUUUACAGUGUUCAAGUUGCAGAUUCAACAUUCACUGUACUAAAACGUUACCAGCAAUUGAAGCCCAUAGGAUCAGGGGCACAAGGCAUUGUUUGUGCUGCGUUUGAUACAGUCCUUGGGAUAAAUGUUGCUGUCAAGAAGCUGAGUCGCCCUUUUCAGAACCAAACCCACGCGAAGAGAGCUUACAGAGAACUCGUUCUGUUAAAAUGUGUCAAUCACAAAAACAUCAUUAGUCUAUUAAAUGUAUUUACACCACAGAAGUCACUAGAAGAGUUUCAGGAUGUAUAUUUGGUUAUGGAGCUCAUGGAUGCAAAUUUGUGCCAGGUUAUUCAUAUGGAAUUGGAUCACGAAAGAAUGUCUUACCUUCUCUACCAGAUGCUGUGCGGUAUCAAACAUCUCCACUCAGCUGGUAUCAUCCACAGAGAUUUGAAACCCAGCAACAUAGUAGUAAAAUCAGAUUGUACACUCAAAAUCCUUGAUUUUGGUCUGGCAAGAACAGCGUGUACCAAUUUUAUGAUGACACCGUAUGUAGUAACACGGUAUUACAGAGCCCCAGAGGUUAUCCUUGGAAUGGGAUAUAAAGAGAAUGUUGAUAUCUGGUCAGUUGGGUGCAUCAUGGGAGAAUUGGUGAAAGGUUGUGUGAUAUUCCAAGGCACUGAUCAUAUUGAUCAAUGGAAUAAAGUUAUUGAACAGCUAGGAACGCCAUCAGCAGACUUUAUGAAGAAACUACAGCCCACAGUGAGGAAUUACGUAGAAAACAGGCCAAAAUAUCCUGGUAUUAAAUUUGAAGAGCUCUUCCCAGACUGGAUAUUUCCAUCGGAAUCUGAUCGUGACAAGUUAAAAACCAGUCAAGCUAGAGACUUAUUAUCAAAAAUGCUUGUAGUAGAUCCAGACAAGAGAAUUUCUGUAGAUGAAGCCUUACGUCAUCCUUAUAUCACUGUCUGGUAUGAUCCAGCUGAAGCAGAAGCUCCUCCACCUCAAAUAUAUGACGCACAAUUGGAAGAAAGAGAACAUGCAAUUGAAGAAUGGAAAGAAUUAAUAUACAAAGAAGUAAUGGAUUGGGAAGAAAGAAGCAAGAAUGGUGUGGUAAAAGAUCAGCCCUCAGCACAGAUGCAGCAGUGAAUAGCAACACCAGUCCUUCCCAGUCAUCAUCUAUCAAUGACAUUUCAUCCAUGUCAACAGAGCAAACAUUGGCUUCAGAUACAGACAGCAGCCUCGAUGCCUUGACAGGACCCCUUGAAGGAUGCCGAUGAUCAGCCAGGAUUGCAGACUUAACUUUGGAAAAGAACUCUUGCUUCCAUUGGGCCUGAAUUGCUUGUAAGUUAAUGGAACCAAGUAAAAAAAACUCCAUGUUCUGCAUGUUUUACUGAAGUAAUGCCUGUAUUUUUUACUCAGUUGUUAAAACUGCCUGCUUAAUGUUGUAGAAUGAAAGCAAACCAACAUCUAAAGAACAAAAAAUCUAAAUUUAGAUACUGUUAAAGGCUUUUCUGUGUUCCAGCCCAUUUCAGGUGAGCAGUUACGAUAGACCUAUAGCUAAUAACUCCUCUUGAGUGGGUUUGUGACUUUACAGGCCCAACUGGUAGGCUUCUGUGAUGCAAAUGGUUGUUUACAUUUUUAGUACAGUAUUGCUCAUCAGUAGAUUUUCUUGAAUGUAUAGUCUCUAUGAAGUAUGUUUAAAUGUGACUGCAGCAAUUUGCUUUAAAUACUGGAGUGUUACACGUGAGUGUUAACUCAUAUUGAGCACUCAGUACUGUAUUUAAAGGGCAGUUACUCUUCCACAUAGCACUUUUUUAUUGAGCCCUUUCUGUCUUCACUUCCCAAUGAUUCUGUCUGUCUUCUUGUAGAAGAGAUGAACAUGAACUUUAAAGAACAUAGCCAUCACUUCAUAUUUCACUUAUGAAUAUGUGUAUGUGUCUUUUGACUCCUUUUCAUUAUUAAAAAAUGGAAGGGAGAUGAAGUGGCUUAACUCAAUCUUAAGAGACUUUUGUUGAGUGACGUAUCUGUGAGGCAGUGCCUGUUAGAAGAGGAGAGAGUGCUAAAUUGAUCUGUACCUUUCUGGCUUGUGAGACUGGUCCUUUAACAGAAGAAAAAAGGGAAAUGAAAUCUGUCAUGCUCCUCGUUUCAUUGCUCAGUGCAAACUCUGCUAAAAGGGCAGACAAAUUGGAGAGACUUGCAGCCGAAGUGGCUUGAAAGACACCUGCAAAGUCUUUACAGUUUCCUUCAUGGGCACAUUCUACCUAGUGAGUUUAAGACACAGUAUGAUAGUAGUUUUGAGUAAUUUGUCAGCUAAGCUUAUUUGUCAGACUAUUUACUUAAUAUUGCUUAAAGCUAUUCCCAACCUAGGGAAAGUUCUUAUAUACUGGGGGAGGAAAACAUACUCUGUUUUCCUAAAGACAGUGUCAGAGGACAGGAGGGAGCUAUUUGCUGUUUCACUAAAGGCCUAUCUCUGCAGUCCUCAGAAUCAGAUAAUACAAAUAUUCCCUGUAGCAUUGCACGAUAUUUUGAAUUCUUAGAUGUGUUUGCAGUAGUGUAGGGCUGAAAUUACCAAAUACUCCACAUCUGUGCAUUGUCCAUGUUCGCUUUGGAGCAUACAGAUGUAUAGAACAUUUUGCUAAAGGAUCUUGUGAGUGCGUGUGUGUGUGUGUGUGUGUGAGAAUAAACAAUAUUACUAUAAUAGCAAGGAAGAGAUAACCGAGAUGAGGUAAAGCACCACUUUAAAGGCACUGUUGAUCUAGAUGCUGUUGACUUGAAUAUUUCACACUCUGUAAAAGAAAGGAGAAUGUACUUGUAAUUCCUGGCCUUAAGAUUUGAAAAACAGUAGCCUCAGUAUAAACAUUGCUUUUAGAUUAGAAUUGUACCCAUAUGUUUUUAAAAAACUUAAUUUUUUAUAGCAAAUACUUGGUUUUAGAACUUAAUGUCCCAGAAAGUAAAAACCGUCAUUGUAUCAAGUACUCUAAUAACAUCAGAAUUGUUAUCUGGCAUCUUGGAAUUUUUAGCCCUGCUUAACUGUACUGCAGGAAUUUGGUUUAUCUUCAGAUGCUGGUGAUGUAUGUGAAAUGAUUUUAGUGCAUUUUGUCACUGGAACAAACAUUUAGUGCUGUCUGUUACAGUAGUACAUGUCAGGCUGUUUUUUUCUUUUAAUUCUUGUUAUUUGUGUGAGCUAAAACUCAAGACACCUAUUCAAAACAAACAUGAGUAAGUUUGGAUCAGCUGUAAUUUGCCUUAGACCUUUGCAGGCUAGCAAAAGACACAGACACUGUAGAAUGAAACGGUGAAAAAACUAUGAAUAGUAGAAAUAGAAAAAAACUUUGGAAUAUAUUAACAUGGACAAUCAGCAAAGCAUAGUUACCUUUUUGAGAUAAAACUGUUAGUUAUCAGUGACAUGGUGGUGCUAAAGGCAUCGUACUUUAUAAGGGGGUGAUGUUUCUGACAAUGAGUGCUCAGCACUACUUUUGGUGAUCCAAAAUUUUUAAGUUGUUUUUUCUUUUGAUUUUGUUUUGUAAAGAAUCUUGUUGCAAAAUAGUAGAAUACAGCAUUUUACACACUUCAUUUUAUACUCCUGUGAAAGAAUUUUUAUUCUCUAUAGGAGUGUGAGGGGCUGCAGUCCUGAGCAGCCGAUCAAAUCUGCUGCUCCAGCAACUGCAGAGCAAACGCGUUCAUGAUCCUGCCGUGAUAAAGGACUAGACCAUUAGUAACUUGCUUUCUGCCAGCUUUGUUCUAGGCUGUAAUCCAGUAAUUACUGGAUUUUACUUUUCAAGAUUCUUAGGGAGUGGAAGUGGGGAGGCCGAGUAGCUCUUUCUAUUAAUCACUCUGUUUCCUCACAUUUUGGAUGCACAGAGUUGAAUUUUUGAUAUCAAUUCAUAUCAAUCAGCUCAAUUUCAUUUGAGCUGAUGUGAACAUGGAAGUUGGACCAGAUGCCCACCAGAUCUUUUCCAACCUAAGUUAUUCUGUGAUUCAAAAUUGUCCUUUUUGUUUUUUGCUACAUAACUGAUUUUAUUUUAGUUGAAACUGACAUUGGACCUUCUCUUAGUAUAUAACUUGACCUUGGAGUUAAAACAGCUGUGGGAUUGGCUGAAUUCCCUUGUAAAUCUUACUGUAGGAAAAGCAGUCUCUUUUUUUAUGUAUUCUUGCUAUGGCAUUCAUUGAAGCUUCAGGUUUUUAUACAACUGUUGCUGUCUUGGAAGCAUGCAUGAAAUGAAAAAAAUAAAAAACUGUGAAUAUUGUGGUUUUGAUUCCAGUAUAAGUUUUUUUAAUUGCUAAUAAACUGAAUCAAUGUCCAGCUCUCGAUAUGCAGGAUGUACACAGAAAAAUGCAUGCGGAGGAGACGCAUGCUGAAGUUCCCACACUAUUUGAGUGUGCACAUAUAGACUGUAAAUGCA